UAGCAUCCUGUCCUUUCGAUCUUUCAUGUGCGGUUAAUUUUGUUUUAAAUGUCCCUUAAGAAAUUUUAUGAGUUGGUCCUUUCCAUUUUUUAGAUUUACUUUUUUAUAGGUAUUAUUAAGGGCUUCUCAAAGACGGUUCUUUUUUAAAUACGCAUGUUGUCGUUUAAUAUAUCUUUUUUACAAUAUCAUUUCUUAGAUCCUUAAAAAAGUAUUUUUCCAAAGGUGUUUUAUAAGUAAAAAAUAACCACUCGACUAAUAACUCCCAUUGCCAAUUCAAAUAUCCCGCUGUACAACCCAUAUGACAUAAUUGCCCUACCCAAAAUGCAAUGCGGUCGUUUUGACAAGCUCUAAAAAUCCAUCUGUAAUUUUAUUUGCCUUUAGUUUAAUUUUCUCCAUUAUCGCAUUACCAAAAUUUUAAUCCCCGCAAUAGAGGUGCAAGUCUGGCGGUCUGGCAUUUGGCUAGUGCUCCAAACGGACGAUCUUCCCGGUUACGAGAAGCCAAAUAAAAAUGAUGUGAUUGCAAAAGUAUUUUUGUGUUGGGAAGGUUUUUAUAGGAAUAUGAUGGUCGGUCAGAUAAGGGAACAGAAGGAUGAUAGAGGGUGUAUCGAAGCAUGCCUUCAGUGGUUCUAGCGGCACUUAUAAUGUACGUGCAUUAGAGCUGGCUGCAGCAAGGGAACGUAGGCUGAAAGGUCUUAGUGUGACCGUUAGAUUUCUCGAUGAUACUGACCAUGUUUUCCAUGUUGAGAAACGCUGCAAAGCAGUGGUUCUGCUAGAACAGGUGUACCAGCACCUUGAGCUGGUAGAGAAGGACUAUUUUGGGCUUCAGUUUUCUGAAAAUGGGCAAUAUGAUUCCCAUCCUGGAGGCAUGCGCUGGUUGGACACAUCAAAAUUGGUAAAGAAGCAACUGGGAAACUGCCAGCAUCCACUGUACUUUAGGGUUAAGUUUUAUGUGUCAGAUCCAAGUAAAUUGCAGGAGGAAUAUACCAGAUACCAGUUCUAUUUGCAAUUGAGGCGCGAUAUUUUGGAGAAAAAAUUGAUUUUGCCUCCAUCAACGGCAAUUCUACUCGCCAGCUAUGCAGCACAAUCCGAAUUGGGUGACUAUAGCAGCGAAGAACAUGGACCAAAUUAUUUGUCGAAUAUGCAGCUUAUACCUAACCAAACAGAAGAGAUGGAAAAGAAGAUUUCUGAACUUCACAAAUUGCACAAAGGUCAAUCACCAGCAGAUGCCGAGUUCAAUUUUUUGGAUCAUGCGAAAAGGCUAGACAUGUAUGGAGUUGAAUUGCACAAGGCAAAAGACAAUACUAAUAAAGACAUAAUGUUGGGGGUGACUCAUGUAGGACUUGUGAUUUUCCACAAUAAUGUCAAAAUUAAUACAUUCUCUUGGUCGAAAAUUAUGAAGAUAUCAUUUAAAAGGAGGCAGUUUUUUAUACAGCUUAGGAGAGAACUGUCUGAAAAUUAUGAUACCCUACUGGGAUUCAACAUGGAAGAGUACCGUUCUUCGAAAGCAUUGUGGAAAGCCUGCGUUGAGCACCACACGUUCUUCAGGCUGCAUUCGCCUAAAGUAAAGAGAAAAUUUCCGUUAUCGCUAGGCUCCAAAUUCACAUAUUCCGGCAGGACCGAGUAUCAGACGGUGUCGGACGUCAAGAGACGCGGCAUCCUGGAGAGGAAGUUUGUCAGAUCUCCCAGUAAACAGCUGGUAAAGAACAAUUUUUAUAAUAUAAGAGAUCGAUCUCUGCCUCCACCUUUGGAAGAUAAGGGAAAAUUAGUGGCGCCUCCGCCCAGACCGACCCGCCCUCACGAUACUCACCGAGUCACGACCACCGAUACAAAGGAGCCCAAACAAGCUUGGACCGAAGAAUCGAGAUUAUCAGACGACGACGGAGGGUUUUUGGAACGCACUUUGGAAGGUCCCUUCUCACCCGGUAUCGCAGGACGCGUAAUUAGUUACGCAGACGAAGAGAUACCUUCUCCCACCUCCAACGGCCUGUACGACACGCCCCCUUACAGCGCGAGUCACUCCCCGACGUCUCAAAUCGAAGAAAACCUCGUCACGAUCGUGAUAUAUCCUGACGAAGACGGAAAAUACGGUUUUAACGUUAAAGGUGGGACUGAGACCAGUGUUCCGAUAUUGGUAUCCCGCGUAGCACCUAAUACAUCUGCGGACAGGUGUACACCCAGACUCUCCGAGGGUGAUCAGAUCCUAGCAAUAAACGGCCAUGACGUCACUCAAGCCUUACAACCCGACGUGGUUCGACUAGUUCAAGAAGCCAGGGCCAACAACUCAGGUCAAUUGGUGCUGACUGUCAGACCGAACGUGCUCUACCAAUCGCUGGAAGAAUACGAGGAGCCUCCAUAUCAAUAUGUUCCGGCCACCGACAACGGCGCCCCUUCCGGGAACGCCUUGCAACAGAGUAUGUAUCUGCUGGCCGACGGGUUGGCGAGCGGCGCUCUGAUCGCUCGCUACGAGAUGCUGUACAGGAAACACGCCGACAUGUCGUGCGACGAGGCCUGCAAACAGACGAACGUCAAUAAGAACCGUUACAGAGACAUAUUGCCGUACGACGAAACCAGAGUAGUUCUCGCAAAUGCACCCAGCGGUGAUUACAUCAAUGCCAAUCACGUUCGCAUGAUUAUACCAAACAGCGAUACAGUUAACCAUUAUAUCGCCACGCAGGGGCCCCUCCAGUCGACCACCGAGGACUUCUGGCAAAUGGUGCUCGAACAGGAGUGCACCCUGAUCGUGAUGUUGACCACUCUCGUGGAACGAGGCAGGACCAAGUGUCACAAGUACUGGCCGGGGGUGGGCGAGGCGCUCGCCAUGCAGAACGCCAUAGUGAAAUGCGUAAAAGAAGAGACCGAUUCGUCCGCCAGUUUCAUUUUCCGCGACUUUGUCCUUAUCGACGUGAAGAACGAGAACGCGGCGAGGAAGAUCCGCCAUAUGCAGUACGUCGCGUGGCCCGAUCACGGAGUGCCCGACUCGCCCUGCCAGUUUUUGAAGUUUACUGAUGACGUGCGCGGCAGCAGGAGUGGGGCGGCGCCCGUCGUCGUCCAUUGCAGCGCCGGCAUCGGCAGAACGGGCGUGCUGGUGCUCAUGGAAACCGCAGUGUGUCUGAUGGAGGCAGGCGAGCCCGUCUAUCCGUUAGAGAUCGUCAAGACGAUGAGGGAGCAGCGGGCGAUGAUGAUACAAAAUGCUAGUCAGUACAGGUUUGUGUGCGAAAGCGUUCACGCGGCCUACACGGAGAGGGUGGCAGUUUCGCAAAAGGAUGACGACGGUUCGACGAGGAUACAUGAAAGCGACGGUUGAUGAUUCGUAUAGUAUUAAGGGAUCCGUCGAGAGUAAUAAGCCAACCGAAUUAGAAUCUAAUCGAAGUGAUUUUCAUAGAAACCGCCAGCUGGUGUCAGACUUCGAUAGCAGGUUUGAGGUCAACAUUAGGAAUGAAUUAGUAUCCAAUGUUCCAACGUUCAAUGUACAAAUUGUCUUCCUCUUUGGGAAAUAAGAUAGUUCAAUUUAUAGGUUUAUAGAUAGUUUCAAUAUGGGCAACAUUUCCACAUUUACGGUUUUUUCCCUAAGCUACAGAACUUUAUUUUAAAUAAAAAGGGUAUGUUUUUUAAAUAACUUAAAUAACAAUAAUUGUAGCCCUUCUGCUACUUGAUACUGUCCUAAGCAAUCUUCAAAUUUCCCUGUUUUGGAGAGCAUUUGAUGUUAUAGUUCGAAUUUCGGCACUUAUCCGCUCUUCUAAAUCAGUCAAGGUGUUGGGUUUGGUUUUGUACACUUUAGUUUUUGAGGUGACCCCAAGGGAAAAAAAUCUGGGAGAUAUAAAUCUAGUGAUAUAUCAACUAAAAAUAUUCAAUAUUUUUUGCACAAUUAAUUUGUGAAUAACUUUUCAACAGCUACUUCGUAUUUUGUGAAAAAGUCAAUCAAACUCCAAUGUUCUUUUGGGUGAUCAUUGUUCAAAACGAUAAUAAUAAACCCUCAAAAUUUUAAAAUUUAUCAAAAUAUCUAAGAAAUUAUUGGGAUUAAGUAAACCUUAGCGAAUCUAUCAUAAAUUUUCUCUCCGGGAUAGAACAGUAGAGUAGCUAAUUCUAAGCUAAACUGUGCCAGUGGGCGGUCCAACUAAUUGGUCUCUGUAUUGUAUGUUUGUUAUGCUAUUUUCUGAAAUAAAAGUCGUUUAUUAUUAUAAUGACCUUGUUUACGGCUGCUCUGAAUAAUUCAUUGGUUGUUUUCGUUAGUGAAUGAACAUGGUUUUUAUGUUCUCAAGUUCUUCAGUCAUAAUAUCCUACGCCUCCCGGAUCCUCUCUUGCCAUAGACCUUUACCUGGAGAGGUAUUUGUUGUCGUUCCGCAUUAUAUGACAAAGAUUUUCAAGUUUUCUUUUUAUAGUGCUUAUCACUUCCCUCCCUUUGCUCAUUCUUUUCAGUACUGAUAUGUUAAACACCUUGUCCUUCCACAAGAUCCUCUGAAUUCUCAUUUCAAAUGCUUCUAAGUUUUCUUUGGGUUGUGGCUUUUAAAGAGUUUUGACAUUUUGAUAAAAAUUUGUCUUGUCUUUUCUAUUACUCAUUUAAUUUCUUAAAAGUGCUCCCAUUGCUCAUUAAUUAUUGAAUCAUAUCAACACUCUUUCUAGUGGACUGUGUCUGAUAAGCAGUUGACAGUUCUAGUGGACUGUCUCUGAUAAGCAGUUGACAGUUCUAGUGGACUGUCUCUGAUAAGCAAUUGACAAUUUCGGAUGUCCUGUUUAUUAUCAUGAACUUCUGUUUAUUUUUUGACCAUACUGUUCGCUGGCAUCAUUUAGCAUGUUCAUCAACCCUUGUAGGCCAAUCAGAUAGUAUCGUCUGCAUAUCGAAUACUAAUACAGUAAUAAGUUGAAGAUAAAAGGCGAGAGAAUACAGCCUGGUCCAAAGCCACGUUGUAUAGAAACGGCAUAUUCCUGUACGAGUAUAACUUCCUUAUGAUUUUAAUAUCCUUAUCGUUCAAUCCAGCGUUCCUGCAAUUAAGAAUGUAAGAAUGUAAUAGCAGCCGCAAUUUCAUCAGUUAGGGACCACAUUUUUAUUUGAGAGAUUGGUGAGUCUUCUCUUCUAUCGUGAAAUAAAUUCUCUAUAUAUUUCUCCCCUGUUUUUUCAUGUAUUUUCGGUCAACAAUCAUUUUUCCGUGUUCAUUGGUUAGCUUACAUGCGGUUUUUUCUCAUAUAUUCCUGUUACUUCACGUUCGCUUCUUUAAUCUUUCUUUGUACCAUUCUUCGUACUCUGUGGCAACAUUCAGAAAGUACAACACGAAAUAAUAUACCGGGUGUUCAAUUUAAAUUAAACAGGUAAGGUGUUGUAUAUGUGUAUGUUUUUGAUAAAAUAAGCUGUUAUGGAGGUGUCAAAGGAUCCCGCAAUAAUUCAACGUUAGAUAAUUAAAAAAAGCAGUCAUUUUGGACGGUUUUUGCUUUAUUAACCGCAAGUGAAUGCAAGUGAGAAAUAACUUUUUUCACAUCUUCAUUGUCAAUUAACGAAUAGUUUUAGUAAGUUUUAACUUUCAAGUCGUAACAUUGGAUACGAACUCGUUUUCGUCGUUUUUCUCAAACCUCCCGUCGAAGUCUGAUACCCUAAGUGCCCCAAAUACUAAUUCGUUUGGAUUACAAACCGUUUUGAAUCCGUCCAUUGUAAUUUUCCGCCAUUCGAACGACGACGGCCUAUUUUUUUUAAAUCAAAUUUCAUCGAACAGAUGCGAUUUAGAAAUUUAAAUUUCGAUCAAAAAGCCGGGAAAUAUGUGGAAAUUUAUCUCUUGAAAAAUAAUUUUACCGUCCGAUAGAAUAGUCAUUGGGUCUCGGCAAUAAUACCGCGAUAUUUUUAUGAUCCUCAAGAAACAAUCUUACAGGAAACACUGCCAUUUUGUAAAUCGUAAAUAGUAUGUAAAGGGCUCUAGAUAUGUACAGGAUGUUUUAGUAUAAGAUCCUUAAAUGUCAAUAUAGGGACUCUUUAUUUUAAAACUGCUUUAGAUAUUUUGUUGAUUGUUUGAUAGAGGCCAACAAUGCAUGGAAAUAAUCUUUUGGUUUGAAAAUUAUUUUUAUACUUUCACCAGUGGCGCGAAUGAUAGGGACUUUCAGCCAAAAAGCGGAGUGAUUAAAAUUAUAUUAUUUAAAAGCGAAAAAAUUGUGUUUUUGUGAAUUAAAAAUGAAGACUUUUGUUUUUGCUUGGUUUUGUUGAUCACUUCUGUCAAAGUUCACAUUGAUAAAUUCGUUUAAAUUGAAAUGACUUCACUUAUCUAAUUGCAAUUGAAAAAACGAAAAUCUUCUAAAAAUUUAAAUUGAUUUGUGACGUAACAAUAAAUAAUAGUAAAUCGGACCUGCAGAGUAAGUAGGUCCAUGACUUGUGUGCAGAUUUCCAUUAUAGUUUUUUGAUCUUUCAUGUUUUUUCCACCGACUGAAUGAGUAAGAAGCAUUUUGGAUUCUAUCCCUGUCUAUAAUAACUUUUGUUCUUUUACAACGAUAAUAUUUUAUCGUGUUUUUUCCGCCGUAAAUAUUACGUAUUGAAUAAUACUUACACACUAUAGUAAUAGUGCGAGUUUCCCAGUGACUGGAAGCUAAGAACAGUGGCCCUGGUGAACUUUCUCAUUUUAGGACUAUAAGUCUAUUGCCGAUUUUUUCCAAGAUCCUCGAAAAAAUUAUGACCAAAGAGUAGAGCGAUUAUUCUUUGCGGACUGCUAUAAUUCCAAUGCAGUCCGGUUUUAGAGUUCAGCUAGGCACAACAUCUGAUUAUAUUACACUCUUGAUCAUAAUAUUUUGUGUACUAAAUUAAAUUCUUUGCGUGAGAUUCUUCCGCAGCGCCUUCUUACGAAAUUUCUUGCAUGGUCGAAGGAGGAGUACCUUUGACUUCUGUCGCUAUCAUAACUAUCUCAGCUUGGAUUAAUUUACUUCCAACUAUACCUCUGCCACGGGUCUUGACAUUGCAGAACAUCAAAUAAAUCAUGGUCUAAAUAUUGUAACAAACUUCAACUUAACAACUCAAUCUCAGCUCAUAGAUUUUGGCAAUAGCAACCAUUUUGCUCACGUGUCUUAUCUUGUCCAACAUAGUUAUUGUCAACUUGACCUUGCAUCUGUUUAAAUAUUGUCUAGCAAAAUUGAAAUGACACCAUUAUUAUUCCUAACUUCGUAUACUGCAGUAUGUUAUAUUGGCACGCUCUUCUUCGUCAAGACAGAGAAAGCCUCCAAAAAUUACAAAACAGCUAUAUAUAAGGUUUCGUUAUGGAUUGAGACGGUUUAAAAAUAUCUCUGCUUCAUAUUCAAAUUCCAAUUGGCGUAGACUGGAAAUUCGAUUUCAGCUGCAUAUAUGUACACUUGUUUUUAAAAUUACCCUUUCACAACAGCUUUUGUAUUUUUUUGAUAAGCUAGUCAGAGGCUGUGGAGUUCAUUUGGUAUCUGACAUGGCACAUAACGGCCAUGUUUCAGAAAUCGUUUAGUUACAUUGCAGUUAAAUAUUUCAAAUCUAUUUCCCAUUGCAUUAUGGCUUGCUUUAAAAAAAAAAACUUUAAGGAUGCUGUAUGCUUUUCUGAAUAUCUAAUUGAAUGAUUUUGAAUGUGGUUUCUGUAAUACUUCUCUGUUGAUCUGCAUUUUUUUCAUGUCACUAGCAAAAUCUUUUUUCAAUGGCAAUGUUAUCGAUAUAUAUUUUUUGUUUUGAAAAAUUUGUUUGUUGUCUUGUUUUUGUGUUUGUGUUACUAUCUUGUUAGUAACUAUACUGAGUGGAUAGUUAUGAUUAGUUGGAAGCUAGACCUCACCUCUUAAAUUACACCUUUUUUUAUGUAUUGGCUGCAAUAGGAAAAAUAAAGGCAUUAUUAUUAAUAUUAUUGUUAUUAUUAAUACUUUUCUCUCCCAGACUGCCAGUCAAUCUUGUUCUGCUUUGUGUAGUAUCCAUACUUUACUCCCAUUCGUAACUGUGGGCUUCUUCUGACUGUUUUGUAUAGUCUCACUAGAUUUCCUGGCUCUAGGUUUCUUGCCCUCAGUCAGCCUGGUAUUUCUCCGGUCAUGUCUGCCUUCUACUAAAUACCGUUCCCAGAUAAGUAUAUUUUUCUACUUUCUAUUACUGGUUUCUUUUAAUUUCCGGUCCAGCUCAUUUACUUAAUCUUCUCUUAUUUGAUGCUUAAGGCAAAUAAUGCUGCUUCUUGUUAUACUUUCUCUAAUUUCUCAAAAGCUAGUCAUUGCUAUCUUUUCUGAUAUAUGUUUAUGGAUUUUUGUCUGAUGACCUUUUCUCAGCAUAGACAACAAUACUGAGGAUAGUGGGUCACUCUGCCUUACUGUUUGAAUCCAAAUUUACCUGAGAUUCUGUUUUUAAGCCUUACUCUAUUUUAUGUUCUUAGUGUGACUCGUAUCAUUUUUGUUAGUGUGUUAAGUGGUUUUAUGGUUAUUGACUGUUUUAAAUUUACCAUUAAGUUUCCUGUGUAGAAAAUACAUCAGAAAAAUUUUGUUUUUUAUUCCUUUAAUUCUCUUUAAUUUCAUCCGUCUCUUUCUUUCUUCUCCCUGCAGCCAAUUUUUUUGUAGAAAAUACAUUCCAUGUUCUUAACACUCAAAUCAGUGUUUAGUUUAAUGUUGACCACUUUGCUUGCUUUGCUUCUGUCCGAUCAACUUUCGAAACUUUUAGAUGAUUUCCCGUGUUUAGGAAUAUAAAAAAAUAAAAAUAUAUAGCCAGAUACAUUUUUUACAAAACCCCGCUUUGACGCUGCAGACUUUUUCCAUUUCUGUCAAAGUUGACGUGGAAAAUUUUUUGAUAGUUUGUUUUUAUCCCUUUAAAUCAGAUAUUGGUAGAAGGCAGAGAUUAGUAAAACUGAAAAACCACAACACACACAACGCAUCGUUUAUAGUAUUUUAUGCAACUAGUGUAGUAAACGGCAUUUGAGUCAUAAGUUGAUUUGGCACGAGCGGGGCGAGUGUUUAAUAAACGACAAAACGUGUUGUAUACUAUACUUUUGCUACGACCGUUAGUUUUCGGGUACAUUUUUGCAAAACAACACAAAUACAUUCACUGACAUGACCGUCACAAGUGAGAAACGUCAUAAUUCAACCUUGAGAAAUAUCUCCGAAAACAUCCAAUUGCUUCUAAACCCUUGCGGUAAUCUCCUGGAAAUGUUCGAAGUGGCUCGGAUCGAUGGUAAACGAAAGUCACGUGGUAAAAUUACACUUUCCGAGAAAACCUUUUUAAAAGCACCGAGACUGCCAGUAAAAGAUUCCCUUCCAAAUAAGGGAUGGUUGGAAUGUUGAAAAGGAAUCCACAACAAAGAAAAAUGCCGAGGCCUUCCAACAGUAUUAAAUUUAGCAUUGGUUGAUAAUCUUAAAUGUCAAAGAAAACGUUUCUGAACUAUAAUUAAUUCUGCAGUCAUCUAUAUUAUAAGUAUUUAUAUGUUUUUACCAAGGUUCGCAAAAUUUUCUUUUGAACUCUAUGAAUUGCAUCAACGUGGUACUGAUAGAUAUGGUAUCAGAUCACUGAAGCAUAUCCUAUUCCAGAAUACACAAUGGAAUUAUAUAAAAUUACAAUGCAAAAAAUAACACUACAAUUCAAAAAGAAAAAUGUACAAUUUCAACCCUACCAUCUACAUCAACUAGCAACUUUAUCAAAGAUUAUCGAAGGCCUCGUAACAUCUUAAGUAAUAAAA